AUGGCCAUCCAAGAUAUUGCACUUUCAAUUGUGGGAAAAAUUGCAGAGAAGUGUGUCGAUCCAAUUUUGCGUCAAUUUCAGUACUUAAUUUUCUACAAAAGCAACGUUCAAACUCUGAGUGAUGACAUCAAAAAACUUGAGCUAAAGGAAACUGAGGUGCAACAAAAGGUAGAUCGAGCAAAAGACAAUGCUGAAGAAAUUAUACCAACUGUUGUUGAUUGGCUGAAACGAGUUGAGGAUGUAAAGAAAGAUGCACGUACUAUUUCUGAGGGUAUGGAGACUGCUAAGGUGAAUUGCUUGAAUAUUGUCAGGCUUCCGAAUUUGAAGUCAUGCUAUUUGCUAGGCCGACGUGCGGUGAAAAGAACGAGUGUUGUUGAAAAACUCUUAGGAGAGGGGCAAUUUGAUAAAGUUGGAAGCAUUGCUCCAUUAGGCAAAAUGCGUUUUAGUGAAUCAACCCCAUCCUUAGAGGAAGGCCUAGUUUCUAGGAUGUCAACAAAGAAGGAACUGAUGGAAGCUUUAAAGCAGGAGAAAACUAGCCUAAUGGCGAUUUGUGGUAUGGGCGGCAUAGGCAAGACUACUCUAGUCAAACAAAUUGCUGACCAGGUUAAGUUCGAGAAAUUGUUUGAUGAAGUCGCCAUGGCAAUCGUGUCUCAAAGUCCAGACAUGAGAAAUGUCCAAGAUCAACUUGCUGAGCAGUUAGGGCUGAAGAUAAUAGAGCAAACUGAUCGUGCCAGAGCUGAAAGAUUGUGUACGAGACUAACUGGCCGUGACAAGAGAAUUCUUGUUAUAUUGGAUGACAUUUGGAAAGUAGUUGAUUUUGAGAGUCUAGGAAUUCCCGUCAAAGGUGAAUGCAAGAGCUUAAAAGUUAUACUGACAUCUCGAUCCUCAGAUGCUUGUCGGGACAUGGGAGCUGAAAUUUUUGAGAUGCAUGCCUUGCGUAAAGAAGAAGCAUGGCAUCUUUUUAAAGAGGUUGCAGAAAUUUCUGAUGAUUCUGCUUUGAGUGGUGUUGCAAAGCAAGUUGCAGAGGAAUGCAAAGGUCUACCUCUUGCAAUUGUUGUUGUUGCCCGGGCAUUAAAGGGCAAUCAUACUCUAGAAUCCUGGGAUCGUGCCCUUCGGCAAUUAAAAGAGUACACAAUUAAAGAACUAGAAGGAGAUGAAGAUUUAGUGUUUUCAAGAAUUAAGUUUAGCUAUGACUAUUUAAAAAGCGCUGAAGCUAAGUCACUACUUUUGCUUUGCAGUUUGUUUCCAGAGGAUUAUAGUAUUCCAAUCGAAUGUUUGGUUAGGUAUGGUAAAGGGCUAGAAUUGUUCCCAAAUAGACGGAGGUUAGUAGAUGUAAGAGACAAGGUAGACACGCUUAUUGGUCACCUAAAAAGCUCCUAUUUGUUGCUAAAUGAUGCUAAAAAAAAAGACUCUGCAAAACUGCACGAUGUCGUGCGAGAUGUGUGCUUGUCAAUUGCAUCAAAAGACGAGCAUGAGUUCUUAGUGAGCAAUUCUAGAGUGGGAGAAAAGAAUUCUUACACAGCAAUUUCACUAAUAUCGCAAGAUUCCAAUCAUGAUCUACUUCCAUUUUGCAAGGAAUAUCCAAGGCUUAGGCUGUUGCGCUUGGUAUUCCGAUUUCGGAAAUUGAACCUACCAAAAGACUCUUUUGUAGGAAUGGAAGCUCUUGGAUCAUGGAAUUAA